CCACCCGUGGCUGUGUCCAGACGGAGAAUGUUCUAGCCCUGGAGGCAGCUGUGGAUGAAGUCCUUGGGGGGAAAAGAAGCAGGCCAAGGGCGAUGGUGGAGUAGAGCUGCCUCGAGGAGGCAGCAUGAGCUGAGAGGGUGACAAGGAGGAGGCGCUACACAGCAUGGAGGACUUUCUACUCUCCAAUGGGUACCAGCUGGGCAAGACCAUUGGGGAAGGGACCUACUCAAAAGUCAAAGAAGCAUUUUCCAAAAAACAUCAAAGAAAAGUGGCAAUUAAAAUUAUAGACAAGAUGGGAGGGCCAGAAGAGUUUAUCCAGAGAUUCCUGCCUCGGGAGCUCCAGAUUGUUCGUACCCUGGACCACAAAAACAUCAUCCGCGUGUAUGAGAUGCUGGAGUCGGCAGAUGGAAAAAUCUACCUGGUGAUGGAACUGGCUGAGGGAGGGGAUGUCUUUGACUGUGUGCUGAACGGAGGGCCACUUCCCGAGAGCCGGGCCAAGGCCCUCUUCCGCCAGAUGGUUGAGGCUAUUCGCUACUGCCAUGGCUGUGGCGUGGCCCACCGGGACCUUAAGUGUGAGAACGCCUUGUUGCAGGGUUUCAACCUGAAGCUAACCGACUUUGGCUUUGCCAAGGUGCUACCCAAGUCACGCAGGGAGUUGAGCCAGACCUUCUGUGGCAGCACAGCCUAUGCCGCUCCCGAGGUACUACAGGGCAUACCCCAUGAUAGCAAGAAAGGUGAUGUCUGGAGCAUGGGUGUGGUCCUGUAUGUAAUGCUCUGUGCAAGCCUACCUUUUGAUGACACAGAUAUCCCCAAGAUGCUGUGGCAGCAGCAGAAGGGGGUAUCCUUCCCCACUCAUCUGGGCAUCUCAACUGAAUGCCAGGACCUGCUCAAGCGGCUCCUGGAACCAGACAUGAUACUCCGGCCUUCAAUUGAAGAAGUUAGUUGGCACCCAUGGCUAGCAAGCACUUGAUAAAAGCAAUGGCAAGUCCUCCCCAAUAAAAUAGGGGGAGAAAGCAAACCCAAAAA